AUGUCACCUUCUCCUCCGCCGCAACAACAAGAAUUCAUAUUCCGUUCUAAACUGCCGGACAUUGAAAUCCCAACACACCUUCCACUACACUCUUACCUUUUCCAAAACCUCUCUCAGUUCCAUAACCGUCCAUGCCUCAUCAACGGCGACACUGGCGAAACCUUCUCUUACUUCGACGUCCACCUCACCGCCCGCAAAAUCGCGUCCGGUUUAAACACAAUCGGAAUCAACCAAGGCGACGUCAUCAUGAUCGUCCUCCACAACUCUCCGCAAUUCGCAUUCACUUUCCUCGGUGCCUCGUACCGCGGCGCCGUCAUCACCACCGCAAAUCCUUUCUACACCUCAUCGGAGCUAGCUAAACAAGCCACAGCAACGAAAACCAAACUUAUAGUAAGUCAAUCCGCAUACAUCAACAAAAUCAAGGAGUUUGCAAAAGUCAACAACAUCAAAAUCGUUUGCAUUGACAAUUCAUCAUCGGAGGAGAAAGACGGUGUUGUAGAUUUCUCUGUUUUAACAAGUUCCAAUGAAAACGAAGCACCUGAAGUGAAGAUAAACCCUAACGACGUCGUUGCAUUACCGUUUUCUUCAGGAACUUCUGGUCUCCCAAAAGGUGUUAUGUUAACACAUGAAAAUUUAGUUACAACAAUAUCACAGUUAGUUGACGGUGAAAAUCCUCAUCAAUACACUAACUGCGACGAUGUGUUACUCUGUGUGUUGCCUAUGUUUCAUAUCUAUGCACUCAACUCGAUUCUACUAUGUGGAAUUCGUGCCGGUGCUGCAGUGUUAAUUGUGGAGAAAUUUGAGAUUAAAACGGUUUUGGAUCUAAUUGAAAAGUAUAAAGUGACGGUAGUGUCGUUUGUGCCCCCGAUUGUUUUAGCGUUGGUGAAGAGCGGAGAGUCGCAUCGAUACGACUUGUCGUCUAUAAGGGUGAUGAUAACAGGCGCCGCACCCAUGGGAAUGGAACUUGAACAAGCUGUGAAGGAUAAGAUGCCACAAACUGUGCUUGGACAGGUUCGAUGCCUUGUCAAUUCAUUAUAA